AUGGUCGAUAACGAAGCCAUCUAUGAUAUGUGCAAAAGAAACUUGGAUAUUCCAAGGCCAAGUUUUUCAAACUUGAAUAACUUGAUUGCUCAAGUGGUCUCAUCUGUGACAGCGUCUUUAAGAUUUGACGGUUCACUAAAUGUGGAUUUGAAUGAAUUCCAAACCAACUUGGUUCCAUAUCCAAGAAUUCAUUUCCCCCUAGUUUCAUAUUCUCCAGUCUUAACCAAGUCAAAGGCAUUCCACGAAUCCAAUUCCGUCUCAGAGAUUACAAACGCUUGUUUCGAACCCGGUAACCAAAUGGUCAAAUGUGAUCCUAGAGAUGGUAAAUAUAUGGCCACCUGUCUAUUAUACAGAGGUGACGUGGUAACAAGAGAUGUCCAAAGAGCUGUCGAACAGGUGAAAAACAAGAAGACUGUUCAACUAGUCGAUUGGUGUCCAACUGGUUUCAAGAUCGGUAUUUGCUACGAACCUCCAACUGCUACGCCAAACUCCCAAUUGGCUUCUGUGGAUAGAGCCGUAUGUAUGCUAUCAAACACUACAUCCAUUGCUGAGGCUUGGAAAAGAAUCGACAGAAAGUUCGACUUGAUGUAUGCUAAGCGUGCCUUCGUCCACUGGUACGUCGGUGAAGGUAUGGAGGAAGGUGAAUUCACCGAAGCUAGAGAAGACUUGGCUGCUUUAGAAAGAGAUUAUAUCGAAGUGGGUGCUGACUCCUAUGCCGAAGAAGAAGAAUUCUAG